UGCUCUCCACUAUAUAAGCCCUCACGCCUUCCAUUUCCCCUUCCUCCGAUCCAAGGGUUUCCUCGCGCCGCCGCCGCAGCCGCCUCCGUCUCCGCCGCCACGAUGCCGUCGCACAAGACCUUCCGGAUCAAGCAGAAGCUGGCCAAGAAGCAGCGCCAGAACCGCCCCAUCCCCUACUGGAUCCGCAUGAGGACCGACAACACCAUCAGGUACAACGCCAAGCGCAGGCACUGGCGCCGCACCAAGCUCGGAUUCUAAGCCGGGGAUGACGGCGAUGACACCCCGUUGCUGCCGACGGGAGAAGGGUCUAGGGUACCUAGGGUUUAUGACGUCUUGUUGUUUUUGCAAGCAUAUGUGACUCCGCGAUGCCAGUUUUAAGAUUUUGCUUGUGUUGAAAGAUAUUAUUAUUUACUGCUUGUAGCCUACCUGGGAUACCAUCAUAUUUUGCUGAUUAUGGAACCGCUUUUAUCCUGCUUAA